GAGGAGACCAACAAUUUUCUCUACUCUCUCUUUGACAAAUCCCUAAAAUCUCUAACUGAUUUCUGCAAUGGCGACUUCAGAUUCGAGCUCGUCUCCUUCAUCAUCCGGUACCGAAUUCGCCGAUCCAAACCCUAGCACAGAUCCAGAGACGAAUUCAGAGCGUGUUCAAAGUCAAUUAGAGUCAAUGAAUUUAUCUCAACCAAGCGAAGUCUCUGAUGGUAGCCACACCGAAUAUAGCGGUGGCGAUGAUGAUGAUGAUGUUGCAUCGGCUAACGGAAACGAAGGCGGAGUUAGCAAUGGAGGUUUAGUGCGUGAAGGUGUGGCGGGAACUAGUGGAGAAGAGGAAAUGGAGGUUUCGUUAAGGGUGGAGAAUCCGGUGGAAAUGGAGGCAGGAGAGGAGCCGCCGAGUCCGACUAGUAGUGGUUACGAUGGAGAGAGAGGAAGUAGCGGUGGAGCUACUUCUACUUAUAAAGCUGAUGAUGUGAGUGAGGAUGAGAUUCGGGAAGCUAAUGUGGAUGGUGACACUGCCUCGCAGCAUGAAGCUGCGUGGUUGCCUGGAAAACGCCAUGUCGAUGAGGAUGAUGCUUCUAUGUCAUGGAGAAAGAGGAAGAAGCAUUUCUUCAUUUUGAGUAACUCCGGCAAACCGAUAUAUUCCAGAUAUGGAGAUGAACAUAAGCUUGCUGGAUUUUCAGCUACUCUUCAAGCUAUUAUUUCUUUUGUGGAGAAUGGUGGUGACCGUGUCAAUUUAGUCAAGGCAGGAAAACACCAGGUUGUCUUUCUCGUGAAGGGGCCAAUAUACCUGGUCUGCAUCAGCUGUACAGAUGAAACAUAUGAGUAUUUAAGGGGGCAGUUGGAUCUUCUAUAUGGUCAGAUGAUACUAAUUUUAACAAAGUCGAUAGACAGAUGUUUCGAGAAGAAUGCAAAGUUUGAUAUGACACCCUUGCUUGGAGGGACAGAUGCCGUCUUCUCAUCUCUUGUCCAUUCAUUUAGCUGGAACCCAGCUACAUUUCUUCAUGCCUAUACUUGUCUUCCCCUUCCGUAUGCGUUAAGGCAAGCUACGGGAACCAUAUUGCAAGACGUUUGCGCGUCUGGUGUCUUAUUCUCACUACUAAUGUGCAGACACAAGGUUGUCAGUCUUACUGGUGCACAGAAAGCGUCUCUCCAUCCCGAUGACUUGCUUCUACUCUCAAAUUUUGUCAUGUCAUCAGAAUCAUUCAGGACAUCAGAAUCUUUCUCACCAAUCUGCCUACCAAGAUACAACGCCCAGGCCUUUUUGCAUGCCUAUGUCCACUUCUUUGAUGAUGAUACAUAUGUAAUAUUGCUUACCACACGUUCAGAUGCCUUCCAUCAUCUCAAAGAUUGCAGGGUUCGCCUUGAGGAUGUUCUUCUCAAGUCAAAUAUCCUAAGUGUGGUUCAAAGAUCAAUCGCGGAAGGUGGAAUGCGUGUUGAAGAUGUACCAAUAGACCGCAGGCGUCGAUCAUCUACUACUAAUCAGGGACAAGAUACAGCUGUUCCAGACGUAUCUGUGGGAACCGGAGGUCCCUUUGGACUUUGGCAUUUCAUGUACCGUAGUAUAUACUUAGAUCAAUACAUAUCCUCUGAAUUCUCACCUCCAGUAACUAGUCACAGACAGCAGAAAAGUCUAUAUCGAGCAUACCAGAAACUUUAUGCUUCAAUGCAUGUAAAAGGAUUGGGACCUCACAAGACUCAAUAUAGAAGAGAUGAAAACUACACUCUUCUAUGUUGGGUCACACCAGAUUUUGAACUCUAUGCAGCAUUUGAUCCACUUGCAGACAAGGCGAUGGCGAUAAAGAUAUGUAAUCAGGUGUGCCAAAGGGUAAAAGAUGUAGAGAAUGAAGUGUUCUUGCAAGGAGCUAGUCCUUUCUCUUGGUGAUAAUAUUUGACUGUUCACUCUUAAAUAUAUGUACGUUUUGAUCUUUCUACUAUUUUGACCCCCUAUAUUGUGCUAGCACCACCCACCUUAAUAAGGCAAUAAUGUAAUUGUUGUACC